AUGCGCAGUAUGUCCUCUUUGCCAGCUUGUUGCACCGUCCUCUGUUCCUCUCUCUCUCUCUAAACCAAGUCUUGCCGUCUGUGAGAGAGAGAGAAGGCCAAAGGAGCGAGAAAACGAUGUCAUCGGACGACGAAGGAAGAGAGGAAUACCUCUUCAAGAUAGUGGUGAUCGGCGACUCGGCGGUCGGGAAAUCGAACCUUCUGUCUCGGUACGCUCGUAACGAGUUCAGUGCGCAUUCCAAGGCGACGAUCGGGGUCGAGUUUCAGACGCAGAGCAUGGAGAUUGAAGGCAAGGAGGUUAAAGCUCAGAUUUGGGACACUGCCGGCCAGGAGCGCUUCCGUGCCGUUACCUCCGCCUACUAUCGUGGCGCCGUCGGUGCACUCGUCGUCUACGACAUUAGCCGCCGCACCACCUUCGAGAGUGUCGGUCGUUGGCUCGAUGAGCUCAAGAUCCAUUCUGAUACAACGGUAGCGAGAAUGCUGGUGGGAAACAAGUGUGACCUAGAACACAUAAGAGCAGUGAGCGUGGAAGAAGGCAAAGCCUUAGCAGAAGCUCAAGGUCUUUUCUUCGUGGAAACAUCUGCUCUUGAUUCCACUAACGUUACAACGGCUUUCGAAAAAGUCAUACUUGAUAUCUACAAUAACGUGAGCCGUAAGCAACUAAACUCCGACACUUACAAAGAUGAACUCACCGUGAAUCGGGUUAGUCUCGUUAAGGACGAUAACACUGGCUCUAAACAAAGCUCCGGUUUUUUAUCUUGCUGCUCCACUUGACACACACACACACAAGAAAAAAACUAUUUUUCAUUUUCUUUUCAACUCUGUUUCAUUUGUUUUUCCCUUUCUUUCUCACUGUAUUUGUAACUUUGCAUAAUGUUGUCACUUCGUCUCAUAGAAGAAAAAAAAACCGGAAUCCAUGAAUUGUAAUUUAUUUUGUCUCAAUUUUGGCAAAU